CAUAAUAUUCUGCUGUGAUAUGCGAUAAAGAGUGUACAUAUUAUUAAAUUCAUAUUUUGUGAAUGCGUAAUUAAAUAAAUAAUAUUCUUUCACACUUUUGAACGCAAGUGUUUUACGUAAGAACUCUCACAUCUUUUAAUAAAGUCAAUCACACCGCAUAGAGAAGUGUAGAUGUUAGUAAAUUUGUAUAAUAAUGGCAAAGGGUAAAAUCUUAACAUUAUUUGGAGUUUGCAUAUUAUUAAUUGUGAGUGGAUUGACUGUUGUUGCUUCAGCAAGAAUUAAGCCUCCGUUACAAACUCCGGGCCCUGACACAUGUAGUCCUACGAUCAUAGCGCACAGAGGAGCUAGUGGCUAUAUACCUGAACAUACCCUCGGAUCGUAUGCUCUGGCCAUUACAAUGGGAGCAGACUACAUAGAACCAGAUCUAGUCAUGACAAAAGAUGGCCAACUAAUAGCCAGACAUGAUAAUGAACUUGGACUUACUACAGAUGUUGCUCAUCGUCAAGAAUUUGCUGAUAGACAUCGAACACAAAUAGUAGAUGGCAAUGAAAUAACUGGUUGGUUCACAGAAGACUUCACUCUCGCAGAGAUUAAGACGCUAAAAGCUAUAGAACGUAUCCCAGAUAUAAGACCAGGAAACGCACGUAUAGACGGAGCAUUCAAAAUCCCAACAUUCCAAGAAAUUAUUAACUUAGCAAAGAGUUUACAAGGAAGUGAACGGAGAAGAAUCGGAUUGUAUCCUGAAAUCAAACAUAGUACUCAUUUUAAGAACUUAAGUUUACCAAUGGAAAGGAAGGUAGUAGAAAUUUUCCAUAAAAAUGGUUACAAUGGUGCUGAUUCUCCGGUUUAUAUUCAAUCAUUUGAAGUUAAUAACUUAAAGGAGUUAAAGAAAAUGACAAGCCUUCGAUUAUUACAAUUGUAUGAAAGUGAUAAGUCCCUCCAACCAGCUGACCAGGCUAGACUUGGCACUGGUCUGACUUACGGACAAAUGUCAACUCCGGAAGGGUUAGCGGAAGUUGCUAAAUACGCGUAUGCAGUUGGUCCUGAUAAAUCUUACAUAAUUCCGCGAAAUGACGAUAAUAGUUUAGGCGAACCGACAACGUUUGUAAACGAUGCUCACGCAGCAGGUUUAAAAGUUCAUCCCUACACAUUCCGAGCAGAAAAUGAAUUCUUGCCAAAAGAAUUUCAAAGCGACGACCCUGCGAGAUCUGCAAGAGGUGAUUUAAUUGGUGAAUUAAGGGCUUACAUAGCUGCUGGAAUAGAUGGUAUGUUUGCAGAUCAACCUAAUAUACCAGUAUCAAUUCGUGAAAAUUGUAUUUAAUUAGUCACUUAUUGCUUAGUUUAUAUUAAUAUUGUUAGAUAAGAAUAAACCGCUAAGAUCUAUGAGUAUUAGAUUUUUAAUUCAAUUAAAUGCUUAUAUAAUUAUUUGAUGAUUGAAUAAAGUCUUGACACCCGCA